AUGCUUGGCAGGGCCUACACCACAGGCUUCAUGCUGAUGGGUCACACCGUUGCAAAGGACGACGAGGCGUUCAUCGCUCUCUUCAGCGGCGCGAGCUCUGCUUUGCGCGACAAGAGCACUACCCCGCCCAGCUUUCACCUGCCCGUCGCGACUCACCCCGAGCUAUGCCGCUGGUGCCUCUCAGUCGGGCUGAGGAUAGUGAGUCGCUGUCAUCGCCUCAUCCGAUGCGCUAACUGGGGGCUCGUGGGCGGCACUGUUCCCUCUCUAGUUUCCACCAGGACUGACGGCUUUCCGUCCAUUCCGGAGAAAAGUUUUGCGUCUUUGAGCCGACGGACUUUCGAGAUGCAUCCGACGUUGUGA